CGCCACAGUACAUCAACUCUCGUUGUCUCUGCCAGCCAGUGCUUCCCUGUGCUCUCGAAUCAACUCUUCGACCUGUUAAUGGCUAACUAGCCUCCCCUAAGCUCCCCCAAACAUCUUCGAGUCCUGCUACUUAUAUCUAUCAGCUAUCUAUAUUUCAAUCGUCCAUCUAGUUCUGCUUUCACCCUCUCACAACCAGCUGUACUCUAUUUUUGAUUGUAAAAAUGUUGAACGGAAGCGGUAUCAAAAUCUUCACUGGCACCAGCCACCCCGAACUUGCAGAAAUCAUUGCUCGUCGACUCGGCCUCACUCUUGGCAAAGCCUCCGUAACCAAAUCUUCCAUUGGCGAAACUGAUGUUUGCAUUUUCGAAUCCGUCCGCGAAGACGACGUCUACAUAAUCAACACUGGCUCAGACAAACCCACUUCCGUCAACACCUCUCUGAUGGAAAUGUGUAUUAUGAUUCAUGCCUGCAAAAUUGCUAGUGCAAAACGUAUCACAGCGGUGAUGCCGCUUUUCCCGUAUGCGAGACAGGAUAAGAAGGAUAAAAGUCGGGCACCAAUAACGGCUAAGUUGGUGGCGAAUAUGUUGGUGAAGGCCGGUUGUGACCAUUUAAUUACUAUGGACUUACAUGCUUCUCAAAUCCAAGGUUUCUUUGACGUACCAGUUGACAAGCUAUACGCAGAGCCAUCCGCGAUUCUCUACAUUCGAUCGCAUUUUAACCUUCAAGAUGUGGUGAUCGUCUCGCCUGAUGCUGGUGGUGCUAAGAGAGCAACCUCCAUCGCCGACCGCCUCGGUGUCGACUUUGCACUCUUCCACAAAGAACGCAAAAAGGCUAACGAAGUCUCCCGGAUGGUCCUCGUAGGGCACGUCAAGGACAAAAUUGCGAUCCUUGUCGACGACAUGGCCGACACAUGUGGCACGCUCUGUCUAGCCGCGCACCACCUUUCUGAAGCCGGAGUCCGCACUGUCGACGGUCGGCCGCAAGUCUUUGCGAUCGUGACGCACGGGAUCCUCAGCGGAAAUGCGUUGAAGAACGUUGAGGAGAGCGCGUUAGAGAAGUUGAUUGUGACGAAUACGUUGCCGCAGGGAGAGAAUCAGAAGAUGUGUGCGAAGAUUGAGGUUAUAGAUAUUGGGAAUGUGCUUGGAGAGGUUAUCAGGAGGAGUCAUUAUGGGGAGAGUGUAUCGAAAUUGUUUCACGAGGUGCCAUAUUGAGCAUGUUAUGGUAAGAUAAAGGUGUGCUUGCUGCUGUAGAUUACGCGACAAAACAUGUAUGUAAGUACAUAAAAUAGAUCUUGAAAUCGAAGUGUUUAGCUCAGU